AUGUUCACAUUUAGCCCCCUUCAGGGCGCGCAGUCCGAGUCGCUUGCCACGCAAUCCCUCCUGGAGCUCGAUGGUGGCGUCAAAAUCCUCGUGGGUCUUGGAUGGGAUGAAUCGUUUGAUGUGGCCAAGCUCGAGGAGCUGGAAAAACAAGUCCCGACCCUGUCUCUCAUUCUCCUGACGCACGCAACCGCCCCUCAUCUUGCCGCGUACGCACAUUGCUGCAAGAACAUACCUCUCUUCACGCGCAUCCCCGUUUACGCGACCCGGCCCGUCAUUGACCUCGGCCGCACCCUCACGCAGGACCUCUACUCGUCGACACCCGCCGCAGCCACAACCAUCCCGCAGGCCGCGCUCUCCGCCUCGGCGUAUGCCUACGCGCAGACGGCGACGACGGCGCAGAACCUGCUCCUACAGUCACCGACUCCCGACGAGAUUGCUCGCUUCUUCUCCCUCAUCCAGCCCCUCAAGUACUCGCAGCCGCACCAGCCGCUGCCGUCGCCCUUUUCGCCGCCGCUCAACGGCCUCACCAUCACCGCCUACAACGCCGGCCACACCCUCGGCGGCACCAUCUGGCACAUUCAGCACGGCCUCGAGUCCAUCGUCUACGCCGUAGACUGGAACCAAGCGAGGGAAAAUGUCUUUGCCGGCGCGGCCUGGCUGGGCGGCGCGGGAGGCGGCGGCGCCCAAGUCAUUGAGCAGCUGCGGAAGCCGACGGCGCUGAUUUGCAGCAGUCGCGGCGCGGAGCGGAACGCGCAGGCGGGCGGCCGCGCCAAGCGCGAUGAGCAGCUGCUGGAAACGAUCAAGGCAGCUGUCGCUAGGGGUGGCACAGUCUUGAUUCCGGUAGACUCGAGCGCGCGCGUGCUUGAGCUGGCAUAUUUGCUUGAGCACGCCUGGCGCACAGAUUCCGCGUCGGCAACGGGCGUAUUAAAGGCUGCCAAGCUCUACUUGGCUGGGCGCAAUAUGGCGAGCACUAUGCGCUACGCACGAAGUAUGCUGGAGUGGAUGGAUGAUAGCAUUGUACAAGAAUUUGAGGCCUUUGCAGAGGGACAGAAAAGGACAAACGGAAACAGCGACAAGAAAGUGGGCGGUCCGUUUGACUUUCGAUUUAUGCGUCUGCUGGAUCGCAAAGCACAAAUUGCAAAGCUUCUGACGACGGCUGUCAAUAAUGGCGAGUCGCGAGGGCGCGUCAUUCUGGCCAGCGAUACCUGCAUGGACUGGGGAUUCUCCAAAGACCUGCUCAGAGGCUUGGCAUCUGAUGCGAAUAAUGUUGUGAUUCUCACAGAUAAGCCUGGCCUGGCGCAAGAAAACGUGCCUUCCAUCGCGAGAACGCUAUGGAGUCUGUGGAAAGAGCGCAAAGACGGAGUUACGACUGUACAGACAACGACGGGUGAUGAUCUCGAGUACGUGAAUACAGGCAGCUAUGAUUUGGAGAUUCGGGACGCCAAGCGUGAGCCUCUCGAGGGCGAGGAAUUAACCAUAUACCAGCAAUGGCUUGCCACACAACGGCAGCUUCAAGCCACGCAACAAACAGUAGGAGCCGACGGUAUAGAAGCAUCUGCCGACGUCGUCGAUGACGUGUCCUCAGAGUCUUCGUCAGACUCGGAAAACGAGGAUGGCCAGCAACAAGGCAAGGCGCUCAACGUGUCUGCUGCUCUCGGCCAAGCGGGUCGCAAGAAUGUGGUUCUCAAAGACGAGGAUCUUGGUGUCAGCAUUCUGAUCAAGAAGAAGGGCGUCUACGACUUUGACUCGCGAGGGAAGCGUGGCCGCGAACGAUCGUUUCCUGUCGCGGUGCGCAGAAAGAGAAAUGACGACUUUGGCGAGCUGAUUCGCCCCGAAGACUAUCUACGCGCCGAAGAAAAGGAAGAAGACGACGUUGACGGCCCCAACACUGCCAACGACGACGAAAACCUCGGCAAGAAGCGCAAGUGGGACGAUGUGCAAGGUACAAGCGCCAGCAAAAGGUCGCAACUCGACAAAGGAGUUGCCAGCGGCGGCGCCUUUGCCGGCGACGGCGGCGAGGACGGCAACACGACAGGCAUGCAAGAGGGCUUCGAGCCCGAUGAGCUGGACGCUGCCGAGGACGUUGAUGGAGACGAGCCCGACGGCCCCUGCAAACUCGUCUACACGAUGGAGACGGUCGCCGUCCGCCUACGCAUCGCCUACGUCGACUUUUCCGGCCUGCACGACAAGCGCAGUCUCCAUAUGCUAAUCCCGCUCAUCCAGCCGCGCAAGAUCAUACUCGUUGCGGGCACGCGCGAGGAGACGCUAGCCCUCGCGCAGGACUGCCGCGCCAUUCUCGGGGCCGACGCUGCGAGCGGCGAAAAGGGCGGCGCAGGCGGUGCCGACGUCUACACACCCGAGGUCGGUGCCGUCGUGGACGCGAGCGUCGACACGAGCGCCUGGGUCGUCAAACUUGCCGACGCGCUCGUCAAGAAGCUCAAGUGGCAGAAUGUGCGCGGCUUGGGCAUCGUCACCGUCUCCGGGCAACUGUUUGCCGCCGCGGCGGCCGCCGCCUCUGAAGAUGAAGACGCCGCCGCCGCCAACAAGCGCCAAAAGACGAGCGGCGACUCCCUCGCUCUGACGACGACGACGACGGCCCUCGCAACGACGAGCAGCACGCCGGCACUGCCGACACUCGACGUGGUGACGACGAGCUUUGCGGCCGCGGCGGCGCGCACGGCCGCGCAGCCGCUGCACGGCGCGGGCCACGCGGCCGAGUUUCGCGGCGAGGGCAUGCUCGUCGUUGACGGCGCCGUUGUCGUGCGCAAGACGGCCGAGGGCCAGGUCGAGAUUGAGAGCGUGGGCUUGCCCGUCGCGGGGAGACGCAGCGCGUUGCACGAGGUGAAGCGGGCAAUUUACGACAACCUGGCCGUGGUGGCGGGGGCAUGA